UGAAAUCUUACCUCAUCGACUCCUCCGUCGUCUUUUUACGAAGACUGGACUCUUUGAGUUUCUUCCCCAAAAGGGUACUACUUGCAUUGCAGACAAUUUCUCGAACAAGAAGCGAAGAAACAAAAAUGUCCGGAGGAAUUGCGCGUGGACGUCUCGCGGAGGAAAGGAAAGCCUGGAGGAAGAACCAUCCUCAUGGUUUUGUGGCUAAGCCGGAGACUCUCCCUGAUGGCACAGUUAAUUUGAUGGUGUGGCAGUGCAUUAUCCCUGGCAAGGCUGGGACUGAUUGGGAGGGUGGUUUUUACCCUCUAACAAUGCACUUUAGUGAUGAGUAUCCCAGCAAGCCACCGAAGUGUAAACUCCCGGGAGGUUUCUUCCACCCUAAUGUAUACCCUUCUGGAACAGUUUGUCUUUCAAUCCUUAACGAAGAUAGUGGUUGGCGCCCGGCAAUUUCAGUGAAACAGAUAUUGGUUGGCAUUCAGGACUUGCUGGAUCAGCCGAACCCUGCAGAUCCAGCGCAAAAUGAGGGCUACCAUCUGUUUAUUGAGGAUAGUGUCGAGUACAGGAAAAGAGUUCGCAGCCAAGCCAAGCAGUACCCGCCUCUUCUAUAAUUCGGAUAAUCGCCUAGUCCCGAAAGCAUCAGAGGCUUUUCUUAACCCAUUCUGUUCUUCUCUUCAAGUGUAAGAAAAAACACCAAAUAGUAGGUAUUCUUCAUCUGUGUUGGAUUGUGUUUCUACCUAUCUCACAAAAAAUAUGACUUUUACUACUUUCCUAGUGUGAAAGAGAAAGGGGAAUAUUA